UUGAAUUGUUACUUCAUCAGCAUCAUUGCAAUAGAAUCGUUCUAAGGUUUGGACUGCGGCAAUGGACUAUCGCAGUUACUGAUCACGCAUUCCAAGAAGGAUGGGAUGCUUUUUGUGAACACAACAUUGUUAAAAGACAUGACACGUUGUUACUUCGACAUAGCUGAAAUCUGAUAUUUGAUGUCAUUCACUUUUGUGAACUGCAAAAACAAGUUUUAUUGCCCUAGACAGUUCCCCUACCAGACCUUUUGCACAUGAAUGUCAUUGCAUCACGAGAUGAUAUCCAUACACCUACUAGACAGCAGCAAGUUGCUUCCUCACUGAGGCCAAAUUUCUGCCAAGAUCUAUCUGAUUCGAUUUGCUUUUAUAAAACAUUUAGCUCUGCAACUCCAAACAGUUUGAAAAUUCCACGCUUUAUUGAUCACUUCAUCAAUGGUACCAAGACUCCCAUGUUGCUUAUCAAUACUGGAAACAAAAAUGCUCAGAUAGGUGUAAAACAUAAACGCCUUCACCAAAACUGGAGAGAUUUCAUUCUUGAGCAUCGACUGCAACACAACGAAACUCUUGUUUUUGUUCCGGAAUAUGAAAAUAUAUUUACAGUUUUAGUUUUCGACGAUACUGGAGUUGAAAAUAUUUUUCCUUGGUAUCACACAUUCAAUAUUUAUUCAAAUGCCUAAAGAAUUUAGCUGGACUAUGCUGUGUAAUCUACCUAUGAAUUAAAUA